CAUGUUCUUUGCCAUAUUGUGCAAAUAUUUAAAUAAAUAAAAAAUGGAAAUCUUAGAGAAUAGUGUCUGAAACUGAAGAUUGAAGAAGCCUCUGAUCUACUAGCGAAGAAAAGUAUUGGCACAUCGAUAGAUUAGAUAUCCAUAUGUACGUCGUCGUUUUGGCCCAAAAUCUCCAUUUCCUCUGAACCGAAGAAGAAGAAGAAGAAGAAGAAAUGGCGGGGAAGAUCAGGAACGAGGCUAGCAGUAGCAGCAACCCAAAGGAAAGCGUUGUUGUUGAUUUCGGAAGGCGUCGAAGCUCUUGCGGCUAUUGUAGAUCCAACGGUCCCAGUAGCAUCUCUCACGGCAUGUGGGCACAUAGACUUACAGUGGAUGACUAUCAAGUUCUUCUUGAUCGGGGCUGGAGAAGAUCUGGAUGUUUUCUUUAUAAACCAGAGAUGGAAAGGACAUGUUGCCCUUCCUACACAAUUCGCUUGAAAGCAAGUGACUUUGUUCCUUCUAAGGAGCAACUUCGUGUAUCUAAACGAAUGCAAAGGUUUUUAGAUGGAACCUUGGAUGUUAAAAGAGUUCAUGUCUUGGAGGACCCAAAUACUUCCAAGAAAUCAGAAAGCUUUGUCAAUCAUAACUACUCAAGACCCAUGUCAGAAGAAUCCCUAUCUGCUGGUAACGAAGAGGAGGAUGAGGUUGAAAAAUCUAUGCACUAUUUAUCAGAUCAAAUUGAUAAUGUAGUACACAUGUUCAUUGAGAAGGGGGAAUUUCCCUCUGGUAUUCAAUUACCAAAAGCUUCAGUCAGAAAGGUUUCGCAGGGAAAAAAAAAGUUGCUAGUCAAUGGAUCAGAAGAUCUUCUAUAUAGUAGCAAUAUAGCCUUUCAAAUUGCAGCAUCUAUAAAACGAGCACAAUCAAGUGACAAGGAUGGCAAUGAUUCCAAAUCAUCUAGAGCUUGUGAAAAGGAGAACGGGUCAUCUCCUAAAAUUAUUGCCGAAAAGCUGGUAGCAUCUUUAGAUCCAACAGUGAAAAAUUCUGAGCUGUCUAUCAGGGCUUGCAACGGACAUAUCAAUUUUUAUGCUUCUAGUGAGCCAGUUUCCCUGAGUGGAAAUGUUCAAAAUGCUACAGUUCCUAAAGCGUCUGGAAUGAAGCGUGAUAUUGGAGGAAGUUGUUUGAUUAGUUCUCAACAUUGUCAAGUAAAAAGGAGAAAGCUUGAGAUCCGUUUGAACAGGUCCAGUUUUGAUCCAGAAGAAUUUGCUUUGUAUAGAAGAUAUCAGCUCAAAGUACACAAUGAUAAGCCGCACAAGAUCACAGAGAGCUCAUAUCGCAAUUUUCUGGUUGAUACUCCAUUGUUACCAGUUUCUCCUACUGGUGAUAGCACAGUUCCUCCUUGUGGUUUUGGCUCUUUCCAUCAACAAUAUUUAGUAGAUGGCCAGUUAGUGGCAGUUGGUGUUAUAGAUAUCCUUCCCAGAUGUUUGUCAAGUAAAUAUUUGUUCUGGGAUCCAGACUUUGCCUUUCUAUCGCUGGGCAAGUACUCAGCGCUUCAAGAAAUAAAUUGGGUGAAAGAAAACCAGGUUUAUUGUCCUAGUCUUCAGUACUAUUAUCUUGGUUACUAUAUUCACUCUUGCAGCAAGAUGAGAUACAAAGCUGCAUACCACCCGUCAGAGCUUUUGUGUCCCCUUCGUUAUCAGUGGGUUCCAUUUGGCAUUGCAAGGCCUUUGCUUGACAAUAGGCCAUAUGUUGUCUUAUCAGAUUCUUCCAUUUUACAAAAUGGAGAGCUAUCCCUACCUCAAGUUUCUGAUGAUGUAAUGGGAAGUCAGCUUGAUGACAUUGGCCAAGAAGAUGCAAAUGAUGUUCCAAUGGAUGAAGAUGAAGAAACGGCUGAGUCUGACUUGGAAAACUCUGAUGAUGAACCUGGCCUAGAAACCACUUCAUAUGGUGAACCAGAAAACAGAGAUGUCAGCAAAGUUUUGCUAGGGUUGAAGGGACCUCGUGUGAGAUACCAGGAUAUGCGAAGUGUCAUUGGUCCUGAGCAGCGGAGUUACUUGGAGUCCCAGUUGCAGAAAUACAGGAAGGUUGUGGGUCCUAUGUUAUCUGAGAGAAUGGUCUAUUCUGUUGAAUAAUUUAAUUUUUAUCACUUGAGUUUAAUAGGAUGCUGCUGCUUAUUUACCCAGGGGAAAAAACUUUUCUCUGCAAAUGAGAUCCAUGUAUUAUGUAGUUGGAGCUGAAUUUGGUCCCUAAUUUUCUUAGGAAUCAUAUUGGCAACAACAAUUGUGUGAACCCUUUUAAGUUUUUGGUUAACGGAUUGUUUUG